GAGCCGCUCCUGCCUCCACCAAUGACAAGCAGGCGACGAGUCAGGCUUGGAUUUAUAUCCCUUCAGCAGCUCGCGCUUGUUGUCAUUGCAGCGGCGACGCUCGAAGGGGGAGGUUGCAGAGAAGCAGCAGCGGCUGAGGGCUCUUCCUUCUCUGCGCCCUUCCCUCCGCCAUGUCCGGCCGGGGCAAAUCCGGCGGCAAGGCCCGCGCCAAGGCCAAGUCGCGCUCCUCGCGGGCCGGGCUGCAGUUCCCGGUGGGGCGCGUGCACCGCCUGCUGCGGAAGGGCAACUACGCGGAGCGGGUGGGCGCCGGGGCCCCCGUGUACCUGGCGGCCGUGCUGGAGUACCUCUCGGCCGAGAUCCUGGAGCUGGCCGGCAACGCGGCGCGGGACAACAAGAAGACCCGCAUCAUCCCGCGCCACCUCCAGCUCGCCAUCCGCAACGACGAGGAGCUCAACAAGCUGCUGGGCGGCGUCACCAUCGCCCAGGGAGGCGUCCUGCCCAACAUCCAGGCCGUGCUCCUGCCCAAGAAGACCCAGAGCUCCAAGAAGUGAGGGCGGCGCCCAGGACGGGUUCGGGAGUGCGGAAAGCGGGUGGCCCCGGAGAAGCCCACCCAACCCGGACACUGAGCCGCAUCCCCUUGGCCCCCUCCUCCUCUCCCCUUCUCUUCUCCCUGGUGCUCUGCCCGCCUCUCACCCCUUCAGCCUGGUCCCUUCAGCACUCUUGGGUCAAUCUGCUCCAUUCAGCACUCUUGUAUUCCCUCUCUUUGUGGGAAAAGGGUCAUCUUCCUCUUUUUCCCAUGUCACCAAAGGGUUCACGGCCCUCUUAGUCACUCUCCAUGACUGUUUCCUUCCAUCUGGUCUCUCCCCCCUCCCACCUUUAGCUUAGACCAGGCAUGAGCAAACUUGGGCGCUCCCUCCAGUUGUUUUGGACUUCAACUCCCACCAUUCCUAACAGCCUCAGGCCCCUUCCUUUCCCUUAGCUUUCGCUUAAGCGGCUGGGGGGGGGGGAGAGGAAAGGGCCUGAGGCUGUUAGGAGUAGUGGGAAUUGAAGUCCAAACCCCCUGGAGAGAGGGCCCAAGUUCGCCCAUGCCUGGCUAAGACUCUUAACACUCCUGUGUUCCCGUCUCCUUGCAUUGUACCAGAAAUUAUGGGAAAGCCUCACCUUCCUCCUUUUCCAUGUCACUGGGUUUCUGUGAGUUUUCUGGGCGGCAUGGCCAAGUUCCAGAAGCAUUCUCUCCUGACGUUUUGCCUACAGGUUGUGAGGUCUGUUGGAAACUAGGCUAGGGAGGUUUAUGUAUCUGUGGAAGGUCCAGAGUGGGGGAAAGAACUCUUGUAUUUUGGAGGCAAGUGUGAAUGUUACAAUUAACUACCUUGAGUAGCAUUGAAAAGCCUGGUUGCUUCAAAGCCUGGCUGCUUCCUGCCUGGGAUAAUCAUACGUUGGGAGGUGUUAGCUGGCCCUGAUUGUUUCCUGUCUGGAAUUCCCCUGUUUUCAGAGUGUUGUAAUUUAUUUACUGUCAUGAUUUUAGAGGAUUUUUUUAUACACUGGUAGCCAGAUUUUAUUCAUUUUCAUUGUUUCCUCCUUAUAAUGAACAAUAUUCUGACAACAAAGAAUCCCCCUAGGCAGGAAUCAGCCUGGCGUUGAAGCUGCAAGACUUUUUAAUGUUAAUCAAGGUGAUUAAUUACAACAUUCACACUUGACUCCAACAGACAAGAGUUCUUUCUCCCAUCCUGAACCUUCCAGUUAUAUAAACCUCCCUUGCUUAGUUUUCCAAUAUACUUCACAACCUCCGAGGAUGCCAGCCAUAGAUGUGGGCAAAAUGUCAGGAGAGAAUGCUUCUGGAACAUGGCCAUACAACUCAGAAACCUCCUCCUCCAAAAAAAAAAAGGUCUCCCUCCCUUUUGCCUGAUCACUUCAGCACUCUAGGAAACCUCAAUUGUGGCAGAGAUUAUUGUGGGAAGAGUCAUCUUGCUUCUUUUCCAUGUCACUGAAAGGUUACCUGCUUUUGGGCCUGGCUGCCACCUAGUGUCUUGCAAAUUGAUCCCCCCUCCAACUGCCCUCCAAGCCUGAAAUCCCUUACUUUGGAAGCGGCUUAAUCUGCAGCAUCUGUGCAAUGAGGAAGUUUUUUUCCCUCCUUCCCUAAAUCCAUUUUAUUUUCUCCAGAAGAGAGGAGUGGCAAAGGAGGAACAGCCUGGGGUGUUUUUUUUAAUGUUGUCUUUAUUGUUGUUGGUUUGUGAGUGAAGGUUUUUUUUUUACUGGAAGAAUGAUUCCUGCAUUUUUAUUUUUUUCCAAUAAACUGAAAUCAAUGAGACUCUUCAAGGAUCAUGAAGCACAGCAGAAGCUUCAAAGUCUACACUGGGAAGGUCAAGGGGUUCUGGUUUGAGUGUUUGUGCCACCGUUUGGGACAGUGGAGCUCGCCUGUACCCUGUCUGCGGGUACUCUUGAAGGAAAAAGUGUUACCUUUUGAUUGUUUUGUUGUUUUGCACAAAGAUCUGGUCUGGUUUCGUAAAGUGACUGUCCCAGAGAUCGAGAUGCUGAUGGAUUUAUCUACCUGAUAUUGCUGCACAUCCCCGUUCAAUGUGAUCACAAAAUGAAGUAUAAAGGAAGUGGGGCGGAGUGGGAAGCUGCUAGGAAAUUUUCAGUGUAAAAAGAGGAAUUUGUCUUGCUCAGAAAGAUUCAGCUUCAUAUGCUAUUCCUCCUGACUGUAGUUUGUGUUUUGUCUGUUUUGGACCCCCAUUGCUUAUAUAUUCUUAAUUUUUGUUGUUGUUGCAAAGCUGCUUUUUAAAAAAUGGUUAUAAAAACAACAAAUAAUAGUAGUAAACAGUGGUUUAUAAGUUGCAAGGCUGUACACAUGCCUGUGUUGUUGUCUCACGGUCACCUCUGGUUGAAUGGGUCUUUCAGGGUUGUUUUUAAAAACACAAAACUUGUAAGAUCUGCUAGAGAGACAAGUGAGAUUGGGAUGCAUGUCAUGAAGCAGUAAUGUUUCAACCACUGGGAGAUGGGAGGUGGCAGAGAAGAAACCUUGCCUUGAUGUGAUAAAUUUGGAUCUUCUAAGUGUAUUUAACAGCUUAGCUGAUAGCCAAGUGGAAGCAAGAGCUCAUGAAUUUGGGUGUAUUUUGGUCCUUUUGAUGUCAGUGGAGCUAAAAUAAGUUAAAUCACAGUAUUUUAGUAUAAGCUUUUGUCCUUUUCAGCCUAAAUAAUAUUAGAUCAGAGGUACGCUAGCUUUUUGGAACACUAAAGCAUUGUACUGGUUCCUUCCCCCCCUUUCCCUCCCCUCCGCUCCUUGAGUUUUCAUUCUUUUGUAGAGCCAUUGAUGGUGGCUGAACUUUAGCAUUUGAACCCUAGUUUGCACUUUAAAUUAUGUGGUGUUUAUUGUUCCAAAUUUCACUUCAGAUAAUUAAAAUAGAAUGCAAGUGUGGCAUUGGGUUAUUUGUAAUCCUUGGUGGAUUGAUGUUUGAGAGACUGAAGGGUUUUUUUUAGGAGCAAAAGGUAAUUUAUACAAAAAUAAAACACCUAGUUAUGUGGUGACUUAUGAAAUAAGUGUUUGGUUAAAUGUGCAAGCAUGAAAGUUGGCCUAGCCAAUUCUGUGGUGCAAUAUGUAGCUGUGGUCUUCUGAAAUGGUAUUGGAGCCGAAUCUGUCUUGCUUAGGUGAAGAGUUGAUAGAACCAUGUGCAUGCAGCAGUGCCUAGGCUGUUGAAUACGUAGAACUCAUAAUAAUUAUUAUUAUGGUCAGCUGUAUGUGCUGUUAAGUAGCAUGUGUUCAACCCAUCAAGUGAGUUGUAAAUCUGUAGAUGAAAUAUGUCUUGCUCUGGUUCGACUAAUAAAACCUAGACUAGUAGAAAUUGGAUGCUUUAAUAACUGGAUAAUGAAGGCAGUUUGUUCAUUCCAUUGCUGGUAGGCAUACUGUUUCACUGUUAAUGCUCAAAAAGUAGAUCUCUUAUCUGCCCCUGUUUGAUUGUCUUGCCUGCUUCCCCCUGACCUCCCAACUCCAGUGCAGGCUCAGGAAGGAAAAAAACCCCUCAUGUUUCUAAAUAGCAAUCUCAUUCCUCUGGCACUGGACCAGUGUAGGUCUUCCUUUCUCUCAGAAGGAAGACUUGAUUGCAUUGUGGUGGAGAGGCAUUUCUUUACAAACAACUGCUAAAGAGUAGUAGCUAAAGUUCUGUAUUUGUGUUUUUCUGUCUUUCAAAUUAUUUUCAAAAUCACUAUUUUGUGUUCUGUCAAAGAUUGCUUUGUAUUUAUUAGACAAUGCGGAACUUGUAAUACUGGAGAAGUGCAAAACUCAUAUUCUUAUUAAACUGAUUCGGUUUUGAUGCA